GCGAUAUUUCCUGGAGCCCGUGAAGGCAGCAGUACAGGCAGCGUUGUGGGUUCGGUCGGACUCGACAGCAGAGGAGGGGGCACUGUUGUCAUUCGUCAGGGCUGUGUGUGUGUCGAGCUUUUGUCCAGGAGAAAUGGCUGGGAUUAAAGCUCUCAUCAGUCUGUCCUUUGGAGGGGCCAUUGGCCUCAUGUUCCUCAUGCUUGGAUGUGCCCUCCCUGUGUACGACAAAUACUGGCCUUUGUUCCUCCUUUUCUUCUACAUCCUCUCCCCCAUCCCUUACUGCAUCUCGCGGAGGGUGGUCGACGACACAGACUCGGCCAGCAACGCCUGCAAAGAGCUGGCCAUCUUCCUCACGACGGGCAUCGUCAUUUCAGCCUUCGGCCUGCCCAUCGUCUUCGCAAGAGCUGAAGUAAUCGCCUGGGGGGCGUGUGCGCUCGUGCUAACGGGUAACGUAGUCAUCUUCGCGACCAUUAUGGGCUUCUUCCUGGUCUUCGGAUCCAACGACGACUUCAGUUGGCAGCAGUGGUAAAACAGCAGAGGGAGGGGGACCUUAGUCGGAACUGUUUUUAUUAGCGUUACAAUUAUUAUUAUUAUGGUAUUACUGUUUGGUUCUUGUUGUUGUUAUUUAUAUGAUGACCGCCCAUCCAUAGACUCACACCAAACCAGUGCAAUACUUUCUCUUUCUUUCUUUUUUUUUUUUUACCGCCUGCAUCAUAUUGAACUGACACAAGUGGGAUGGAAAAAACUGACUUUGAGUUGGAUUUGUUCUCAUUUUAGUUACGCUGUCUGACUUCUGUGUUUGUGAGUUUCCUCCAUUUGUGUGUCAGCUUUCAUUUUGAGCGUUCUGAACUGAUAAGCGCCGGGGAACAACUGCUUGUUUUAUAUGUGAAAAUAUGUGAAAAGGAAUCCAAUUGAAUGUUGAACAAGACUUAAUCUGACCAAAAGCGCAGGGUGAUACCUCAGGCUCCUUUCUCCAUUUAGUAAACACUCUUGAGAAGCUCUGGAAGAAGCUCUCUCUAUACUCAGAGCUCAGAUGGGUGUGCAUUUCCAGUCUAAGUGCUGAGUUGAGUGAAAAUCAGCAGAAACCUGAUGGAAAAUCUGCACAGUACCAGCUCAGAUUUCACCACUCAUGAUGAGCAAAAAGCUCUAUUUCCAUUUGCCACGGCUUUUAUUGAUUGAAACUGUGUCUAUUUUUUAUUGUCGAUGAAAUGUGAAAAUUCAGCUUGAUGCAAUGCAGAUUUUUCACCAUCUUUCUGCUAAUGUAAUGCCACCAACACUAAGCUGUGACAGUGUGUGUUUGUGAAAGAAAUGGGCUGUUACUGCCACCAACCCUUCUCAUCUUUCAGACCCUGUUACAUGUGUAAAUGUGAUUUAAAUCAGUUAUCUUUCCGGCAGCAUGUUCUUUCUUUCUGUUUUUAGACCAUGUUGGAAAUAAAUGUUAUCCUUUUUUUUUCUGUCUGCAACCCAUAAAAACAUGUCAUCACACAAAACAAGGAGACGAUGUUCAGGAGCAGCAGAAUGCGAGGGUUUGUUAAACACCCUUGCCAUCACAGCUGAGAUCAAAUUAAACUGACUUGGUGAAUUCCCAGGUGCCAACUGGAUGCAGGCUGCAUAUUCCCUAUGUUAAUUUGCACAUGAUAGCUCUUACCUCACUCUAAGUAUGGGUAAGCCUCGCCUUGUCAGGUCAAGAAAGCAUGAAAAGCCUAUAUUAGCUGCCAGCUAGCGUAGGAUUAGCUUGAGGACAGCAGUCCUGUUGGAAACUCAGCCAAGCUAAGAACUGGGCUACUUAUAAUCAAGGCCCGGUCAGUCACUAACAGCCCUUAAGCUUUUAAACGUGACUCCUUCAAAAUAAAAGAAUCCUGCAUCGUCUGUGCUCAGUGUUAAUGUUGUAUUUCUCUGUAGAAGCACAUUGGGUCGCACCAGCAUUUUCAUAAUAAAAACACACUUAUGAUUUGUUUGGAAGUGCUUCUAUGUUCUCCUUCCUGUGAGAAGGAAAUUUGUACACCGGUUUGUGUAAUCUGUUGGCAGCUUUGGGAUCAGCACAGCCUGCAGUCAGUCAGGUGGAGCUCUCCUGUUUGCUGUUUAACUGCAUUAGCUGUGGCUAAACAAGGAACUGAGCAUCUGCUGCCUCGUCGAAGCACUGGUUUGUUGAAACGGAGGGUUGAGUGUCAAACAUUUCCUCUUUAGAUGUUGAUUUUGUUUUAUUGUUUGAUGGCUCAGUUUGAAUAUGUGCUCUCUGGAAGAUGAAAAAUGUGAGUUUUAAUGAGACUGAACUAUCAUAAUUUGUUUUAUUUGUGUGUCAUAAUCUCAAGACUGAAAGAUUUUCAGUUUUUGUGUGUUGUAGGCCCAAAAGAUUAUUACAUUACAUUAACCAUGGAUUUCCAUGCACAGCAGAUUUCCAGUGAAAGUUUUUAACACUCACUGUAUAUUCUUUCCCAUGGUAUAACUUGCAUUUAAGGUAUAGUUCAGCAUGUUGGGAAAUAUGUUCUUUUUUUAAGAGUUACAUGAGGAGAUCGAUUAUAACUCUCGUCUGUGUGUUAAUGGAGCUAGAGCCUAGAUGUGAUUAGCCUAGCAUUUAACGCACAGACUGGAAGCAAGGGGGAGACAGCUAGCCUGUAAAAAAUAUUCAUUAUUUAAGACGUUGUAUCUUGUUUGUUUAACCCCUCCAUAAACAAAUGGUUGGUUUUAGAGGGAUUUAUGUUCUUUAACUAUAAACUGUUGGAUCAACUUGUUUGUAAAGAAAUAGCACAGAACUCAAAAAAACACAUUUGUCAUUUUAAUUUUUUUGUUUGUGUGUGUAUUAAACAAACGAGAUACAACGUGUUAAUCAGUAACCGUUUAACCCCCAGCUUCCAGGGCUAUGCUAAGCUAAUCACCUCCCGGUCCUGGCAUCACACUUGAAGCACAGACAUGAAUAUCUGUCAUCUCAUCUAUCACUUGGGAAGAAAGCAAAUGAAUAUUUAUCAUAAUGUCACACUGAGUGAACUGUAACAACUGAUCAUUCUGCUGCAGUACAGAACAUUACCUGUUCUUACAGUAUAUCCUACAUAAAAGAAAAACUCAAGCAUUGGAAAUCUGCCUCAGGAACCUGUGUCUAGAAAAUAGUGUUUUUAAAAGUGAAAUCUGGGUUUUAGCACUACACAUUGGCAUUAACACUUCACUCUCAGCUCUAAUAUUUGUGAACCUUCUUGUCUGUUACGUGACUCUUCCAGAGAUCACAGCCUCAGUGCAAGCAGUGAUUGUAUUAAAAGAAACCAUAACAAUGGUAACUUUUUAGUUUCACUUCAAAAUGUAUUUAACCAAGUUACUGAAUAUAGAGAACUACUGACAUGAUUUGUACAUAUUAUAAUUCUGUAACACCACUUUGAAUCUAAUAGAAGAUGCUCUAGCACAGUGGUGGUGGUCUGUAAGCCGGUCUGUGGUUGGACAAGCAGGGUAACUCCAUGUUUUGUUCCUGAGACGUGACUAUACGACACUGUAUGCAUUUUAAGCUCGAUUUGUCAAAUGUUCUUUGUUAACUCCCCCGAUGUUACAGAAUCUGGUGUGUAGACGGGUUUCUUUGUGUUUCUGUUCUAAGAGAGAUGUUACACUUUGUUUCUCACAGAUUUGGGAGGAUUAUGUAUUUAUUUAUUUUAUGGGACGCUUCGUGUCAUGUCCAACGCCAUUUUCUAUCUCCAACUUUUGUGUUCAAGAGGCAGAAGUCAGCAUGGUGGUUUUCUUUUUUUUAAUAAACGCCAUUUUUGAA